AUUUCACCCAGGGGCAGGGGGUUCUGCUGGAUCCCGCUCAGAGAGCCCUCUACAGGGACGUCAUGCAGGAGAACUACGAGACGGUGACUUUGCUGGGAUUUGCCAUUCCCAAACCGAAGCUCAUCGCCUGGCUGGAACGAGGGGAAGAGCCAUGGGUGCCCGAUCUCCAGGCCUGCAAGGAAAGAAAGCUUCCGAGAUGCACCCGCACAGGUGCUGAGCGAGGGAGUGAGAACGAGGAGGGGAAUCAUCAUGAGGAAGUUCCUGGUGAAGUGGAACCACACUGGACCUUUGUGGGAAGAGCUGAAGGGAAUUUUUCCCAGUGCUUGGAGCAGGCAGAAGCCUGGGGAAAUUGGCACAGGUCAGAGAGGCUUCUGGGACACCUCCCAGGGAAGAAAGUGGAUGAAUCUAUUAAUGGUGGAGGACGAGACGAAGACCCCAGAGCGCAGCAGACAAAUUCCAAGGAAGAUACACCCUGUCACUGCCUGCAGUGUGGGAAAGGAUUCAUUGUGAGAUUACAGCGUGUGACACAUCAGACAAUCCAUACUGGAAAGAAACACUUUCAAUGCUUGGACCGUGAGGAAAGCUUCAAUAAGCACUCAGAUCUUAAUAACCAUGGGAGAAGCCACACUGUAGAGAAGCCCAUUCAAUGCCUUGAGUGCAGGAAAUGUUUCAGGUCAAAAUCAGCACUAAAUUCACAUGAGAAAAGCCACACAGGAGAGAGACACCAUAAGUGCUUAGACUGUGGGAAAAGUUUCAAACGGAAGUCAGACCUUGCUAAACAUCAGUCAAUCCACACAGGAGAGAGAGCCCAUAAGUGCUUAGACUGUGGAAAAAGUUUCAGGCGGAAGUCAGACCUUGUUAAACAUCAGGCAAUCCACACAGGAGAGAGAUCCCAUAAGUGCUUGGACUGUGGGAAAAGUUUCACUUGGAGAUCAUCCCUUGUUAAUCAUCAGGCAAUCCACACAGGAGAGAGACCCCAUAAGUGCUUGGAUUGUGGGAAAAGUUUCACAUGGAGAACUGGCCUUGUUAAACAUCAGGAUAUCCACACAAGAGAGAGACCCCAUAAGUGCUUGGACUGUGGGAAAAGUUUCACACGGAGGUCAAACCUUGUUAAACAUCAGGUAAUCCACAGAGGAGAGAGACCCCAUAAGUGCUUUGACUGUGGGAAAAGUUUCAUACAGAGGUCACACCUUGUUAAACAUCAGGCAAUCCACACAGGAGAAAGACCCCACAAGUGCUUGGACUGUGGGAAAAGUUUCAUACAGAGGUCACACCUUGUUAAACAUCAGGCAAUCCACAGAGGAGAGAGACCCCAUAAGUGCUUGGACUGUGGGAAAAGUUUCAAAUGGAGAAUAGGCCUUGUUGAACAUCAGGCAAUCCACACAGGAGAAAGACCGCACAAGUGUUUGGACUGCGGUAAAAGUUUCAUACGGAGGUCAAAACUUGGUAAACAUCAGGCAAUCCAUACAGGAGAGAGACCCCACAAGUGCUUGGACUGUGGGAAAGGUUUCAUACAGAGGUCAGACCUUGUUAAUCAUCAGGCAAUCCAUACAGGAGAGAGACCCCAUAAGUGCUUCGAGUGUGGGAAAGGUUUCAUACGGAGGUCAGACCUCAUGAAACAUGGAAGAAGCCACACAAGAUGUAAACCUCUGUGAGACAUGGCAAAAAAGUGUUAAGCAACUUGCGUGUAAUUGACUCAGAUUCAACCUUUAGACAGAUAUUUUAAAAGUGUCCCCACCUUAUAUAAUCUAGAGUUUGAAAUGUAAACAUGUAUUGUUAAAGAUUUGGAAGAAGAGGGGUAAUUGUAGUGGUCUAUGUUUAGCUAUAUCUUGUUAGAGGUUAACAAUUUAUCCCAAGGGUUCCUGUAUUCUGUUAAUUCAGGGAUCAGUAAGUCAGAGAUUAUACCCGUUUCCCAUGCCACCUGCCCAAUUCUAGCUCAGUCUCAUUGAAUUCACUGGGGGUAGGGGCUGAAGGGUGGAGGGAAUGUUUAUAGCUGAAAUUACCAAAAUGUGUUUUACAAGGUUAAUGUCAAUGGGAUCUGUUCCGCUCUCCUGCUCGGACAUUUUCUCUGGGGAUCCCGGAGACGGAAAGGAGCAGGUGUUACCAGCUUGGCUACCAGUCCCCAUGGUGACUCUCUACACUAGCAAUUCUCAAACUGUGAGCAGAGCAUCCCAAGGGAGGCACAGGAAUAUGUCAAGGGUGGCGUGAUCAGUGUGGGUUGGUUGGUUUUUUUUAAAGAGCACUGGCUGUCGGCCCUGGGUGGCUGGGGCUCAUGAAGAAGGAACAGGCCUAGCCGGGAGGUGGGAAUAAAUGCUCAGGCUCUCAAACCCAGGUGGAGUAGCAGCACAGAAGGGUGGCAAUGGGGUGAUAAGUCUUUUCACGUGGCCACCCCAACUUCUGUGCUGCUAUUGGAGUCCUUCAGAGCUGGGCGCAUCACCAGCAACUACUCUGCCGUUAGAGCUAGGUGGCAAUAUAUGUGCUUGUGAGGGUGGGGGCAUAAAUGACCACAGACAAAUGGAAGGGGGGGGUGAUGAAACACAUUUGAGAGCCACUGGUCUACACUAUUAUGAUCACCACGUUUAGAAAAUGAUAAAUGUACAAAGUAUGUCUUGUGAGAUAUCAUAGAAAAAGUCAUCAUCUGCUGAAUAUUAUUGUCUGGUUAAAAUGUGUCUCUCGGGAGCGUCGCAGAGCUGAAUCCAGGGGCCCCCCUGCCAUGGCCGGGAGUGCCAUGGAACUGAAGCUGGCAGUUCCCCCCAUCCCCGAAGCCGGGAGCAGCGGGCAGUCAGGAGGCGGCGUGGCCCCCCCCAUCCCCAAAUCCCGGAGCAGUCGGGAGGCUUAAGCUGGGAGCUCCAACGCCCUGCCCCCUGAAGCUGUGAGUUGUACUGGGAGCCCCCCUGCCGCCUGCACCCUGAGCAUCCACCCCGCCCAUACACAGUCCUUAGCUACCCCCCUGCCCGCACCCGAAGCAGUUUUCAAACUUUUUGAACUGAGUCCCCCCCUUUGAAUUAUAUUUUUUGGUUGCAUCCCCCCACUACCCAGACAGGUGGGUGGCCUCCUGAGUGAGUCAGGGGGUGGAGGUGCCGUGCCCUCCCUGGACCUUGUUAUGUGGAACUGGCUUGAGCCCUGCCAGCCCUUGCCUUCCUCCCCCCCGCCCCAAAUAGAAGUAAAACUAUGCCUAUGCCCAAGGGUGUCCCGCUGGCCCAGAGCCUCACACUGUGCCGCCCCUCCCCCCCGCUUGGGCCCUGGUGUUUUUAUAGGAUGCAGAAGGGGGCGUCAGCAAGAAAAAGGUUGAGAACCCCUGACCUGAAGGACGGCUGGACGCUCACUUAUGCCACAGACUGACUGUCACCUGCCCCUCGGCUGAGGUGUGAGCUUCAAAGAGGAGAGUGGUAUAAAAACAUAAGCGAGAAUUGUCUCCAUUUUUACAUCUCCCCCAUCUUUACAGAAGGCAACAAGGUGGCUUUAAAGGCAACAAGGGCUUUGCACUGGGGAGGGCGGACCAAGGCUGGAAGGAAAUCCAUCCUGGGUACUAAGAACUGAACUGCCUGCAACAGCGGGUGGGGUCGGAAAUCCUGUUUGCUUCGCAUCUUCCUUAGCUUGGUAAAAUUUAAGAUUUAAAAUACAUGUUUUAAUUUUAUUUUUGUAACUAGUUCUGACCUUUUACAUCUUUCUCACUUGAAAACCCUGAAAACCCCCUUCCUCCAGUUAAUAAACUGGUUUUAGUGUUU